AUGACCUCAAACAUCACUGAGUCGCUCAACUCAAUAUUGCGUGAUGAAAGGGAGUAUCCAGUGGCAUCCAUUUUCAAUUCAAUUGCACCUAGAUUUGGAGAAAUAUUCAGGAAGAGGUAUGCGGAGGUGGACAAUUCAAAGACAACCUUCAUUCCCGUAGCUGAGACGAUCUUGAGGGAAAACAUGACCAAGGGGGACAAAUUAUAUGUGAACAACAUAAACGAAAGCACUAACGAAUUCACUGUGCUUGGCUAUGGUCGUUCUGCAAAAGUUAAUCUUUCGAGACAGCCAUGUUCAUGCAGAAAGUACGACUUGGUGAAAUUGCCAUGUGCUUAUACAAUGGCAGCAUUGCAUUUGAAGCAUGGGGAUGAAUACGGCACUAGUAUUUACAAAAACCCUUUUCAAAUAUAUUCAAAAGAAUCAUACCUCCUUGCAUACUUGGAACCUAUUUGUGCAGCACCACUUGAGUCGGAGUGGAGUGUGGCGCGAGAGUAUCUUGAAAUACAAGUUCUUCCACCCGACGUCGAUCCCAAACAUGGACGGAGGAAGGUGAAACACGUUAAGGGUGUGUUGGAGCCUUCAAGGUACAAGAAAAGAAACAAGUGCUCCAAGUGCAAAAGGCUGGGACAUAAGGGAACAACAUGCAGCCUUAACGUAGGAUAA